CUCCAGAGCCGCGACAGUGUCCUUACAUGGGAAAAUUCUCAAUUAACAACGUCCUCGAAGCGACCAGCCAACAGUUACGUCCUUUCAAGCACACUAACGGAAACAAUCACCAACAAUCACGUCGCCUGCACACUAGAAAACUUCACGGUGACUUAGAUCAUUACCGUGCUAAAAGAACGAAAGGGGUCGACCAAUUUUCCGACUGCGAUAACACAGCGUUUACCCUACUUGCAGUGGGUUGCAGUUCACCCGAUACAAUGGAAUUCCAUCCACCGUGCUUUUCACCUGAUGUCACCUCCUCAUAUUCAUGCCACGGCAGGUGGGAAGAGAAUGGCACAAACUACUUGAUCGCCUCACCGACGACAAGUCGAUCUUCGCACGGCGCCUUGAAGUACUGCUUCAUUUAUAAAGAAUACGGCCCUGACACGGUUCUGUUUUCCACGUCUUCGGGCAACUGUGACCGCAACCUCAGGCCGGGAAUUACCGGUGAACUUGUUCUGAAUGCCUCCUGGUCAGGUAAAUGUGUUGAAGUCAACAGGAGUCAUCGACUUCAAUCGUCUUUCGUAACGACUACUCUUCUUCCAAUUUGUUUCAUUUUCCUAUCGGUAACAGCCCAAAUACAAAAGGUCCUUGAAAGAUGAUCUCCGCACGUUGCGUUGUAGAUUAAUCUAAAAUAAAUAAGGACACUUAAUAAAAAGGCUGCAAUCUGUCACUAUAUAUGUGUAGUGGCCCCCUUUGGUUGUGAAUUUAUGUGUGUUUUAAACGGUUUGACGAUUGUUUACUAAAAUACUAACUUACUAAUGCAUUUAUGUACUAACCUU